AUGCCUGGCCUAACCAUCGGAGACACACUCCCAAACGUUGAAGCUGAGAGCACCCAUGGAAAGAUCAAGCUUCACGACUACAUCGGCGAUAGCUGGGCCAUCGUUUUCUCUCACCCGGGCGAUUUUACCCCGGUGUGCACGACUGAGCUCGGGAAGAUGGCCGAAUACGCUAUGCAAUUUCAAGAGAGAGGGGUGAAGCUUGUGGGUUUGUCCUGCGAUGACGUCCAGUCACACCUUGAGUAUAUCAAGGACAUCGAAGCCUUCAGCACCUGCGGGCGGAAAGUGGAGUUUCCGAUUCUGGCAGAUCCGACCCGAGAGAUCAUCAAGCAACUUAACAUGGUGGACCCUGACAUGAAGGACUCAUCAGGAAACCCGGUUCCGUCUCGUGCCCUUCAUAUUGUGGGCCCUGACAAGAAGGUGAAGUUGAGCUUUCUGUACCCCGCGACCACAGGGCGGAACAUGGACGAGGUGCUGAGGGGGCUGGAGUCAAUGCAGAUGGCGAGCAAGAAGAAGAUCGCAACCCCGGCGAACUGGAAGCCGGGCGAGCCGGUGGUCAUAUCUCCUUCUGUGUCUCAGGAGGAGGCUAAAAAAAUGUUCCCUCAGGGCUACAAGACCAUGGACCUGCCAUCCAAGAAGGAGUACCUGCGUUUUACUACUGUUUGA